AGGGCUCUCCCGCCCCGGCCCAGACAGACGUGCCGGGAGUCACAGGGUAGAACACGUAGCGCCAGCCACCCACUCGCUCCCAUUUAACCCAGCCUGCCGCCUGCCCGCGACUCCUCAGCUCGCGCCCCGCACCGAGAUGGUCCGCGCGCCGUAGCCGCCUGCAGCCCCGCAGCCCGUCCCGACGCCCGCGGCUCUGCCACCUGCCCGCGCCCCGGGGCUCUCCGAGGACCCGUUUCGCUGCUUUCGGCCGGAAUUAAGUUGCAGCAGAGCCCCCCGCUGCAAUGGAAAUGAUCCCCAGCGCCCAGCCGCCUCCUGCCUGCCUGGGCAAGCUGCCUGCGCUGGAGAGCAACGAGAUGCCCGGGCUGGCCUUUUCUCACAUGUAUCAAGUUUACAAGCCCAGAAGAGGGUUAAAAAGAAGUGAAGAUAAUAAGGAGACCUAUAAAUUGCCCCACAGACUGAUAGAGAAGAAGAGACGUGACAGGAUUAAUGAGUGCAUUGCCCAACUGAAAGAUCUCUUACCAGAACAUCUCAAACUUACAACAUUAGGUCAUUUGGAGAAGGCUGUGGUUCUUGAGCUUACCUUGAAGCAUGUGAAAGCACUAACUAAUCUCAUUGAGCAGCAGCAACAGAAAAUAAUUGCUUUACAGAAUGGUUUACAAGCUGGUGACUUGUCAUCGAGAAACCUUGAUACAAGCCAGGAAAUGUUUCGAUCUGGUUUCCAGAUGUGCGCCAAGGAAGUGCUGCAAUACCUAGGAAAGCAUGAAAAUACCAGGGAUCUGAAAUCUUCCCAGCUGGUCAGUCAUCUGCACCGAAUGGCCUCUGAGAUCUUCCAAGGAGGACCCAGCCGAAAAUCUGGAGAGGUGCCCCCCAAAACAGUGGACUUAAAGGAGAAGUCUGGCUCUUUGCCCAAAACAGCUGAGGGUUAUGGCAAGAACUGUGUGCCUGUUAUACAAAGGACUUUUGCACACUCCAGUGGUGAGCAGAGUGGUAGUGACACAGACACAGACAGUGGGUAUGGAGGAGAGUUGGAGAAAAGUGACUCAAAUGCUGACCAACAGUAUUUUCAAAAGGAUACUGGACUCAACUAUACCAUGCAAGAGAGAAUAAGCUCUAUUAAGCAAGAAAAUGAGGACCCACCAGCCAAAAGGACCAGGAUGGAAACUUCAGAAGAUGAAGGCCAUUUUAGCAGUGAUCUGAUUGGCUCUUCGAGUAGCUUUUUGGGUCCUCACCAGCCUCCUUUGUGCCUGCCUUUUUAUUUGAUCCCACCAUCUGCAACUGCCUAUCUGCCUAUGCUGGAGAAGUGUUGGUACCCAACUUCCAUGCCCGUUUUGUACCCAAGUCUCCCAGCCUCUGCUGCUGCACUUUCAGGGUUAAUGAGCCCAGAUAAAAUUUCUCCAUCUCUCCUGAUGCCCCAGAGACUUCCUUCUCCACUACCAGUCCAUUCCCCUAUCGACUCCUCAGCUCUGCUUCAAGCUUUGAAGCAGAUUCCUCCUUUGAACUUGGAAACCAAAGACUAAGCACAGUGUUGACCUUUUCUUUUUUCUUUCCUUCUUUCCUUCCUUCUUCUCUUUUUUUUUUUUUUUUUUUUUUUUUUUUUUGUAAGUUUGAGACUCUUUCAGUUUUAUAUACCGGCUGGACUGAGGUGUGGGGCUACGGUUCACUGAGAAUAGGAAGCAAAAUCCACUUUUCUCUGAUUUGUUAGAUAGUGUGGGAAAGGAUGAAGGAAACACCAAGGUUAGCCAUUUGGGGGAGUUCAAAAGGAAAAAAAAGUUUUCUUUUUGCUUUACCCUUUAACCCUUCCCACCUACAGAGCUGACUUAGUCAGUGAGGAUUAUAUUUCAAAGCUGUGAAAAAUAUUCCAUUAGGCCGAUUUAAGUUUUAGGGUCUGUGAAUAUAAAAAUAUGGUACUUCUAUAGAGGGCUUUUCAAAGCAAUGGCCCACCACCAGAUUUGUUGCCCCACCCAGUUGUCAGUAUUUGAAAUGAUACAUGCAUGCACAGCAGUUAGUCCCUCUAGCAUUGGUGUUAGUCCCUCUAAAAAGAUUCAGAGUAGCAAUCUGAUUGGUAAUAUAGUCAGUGGCUCAGGGAGAUCGAAGGCAGGUUUCUCUCCACACCUCUGCUGAAUGUUUAAAAAACAAAAUGAAUAAAAUGUAGAUGCUGCUUAGAAGCUUUACAUCUUUUUCUAUAACUCAAGCUGCUAGUUGGGGGCAGGGGAAGAGAAAAUACUCCUAUAGUUCCCUUUGCUUGUUGCACCUAACUCUACACCUUUCUUUUACUGCUGCUGUACAGGAGUCUCUGGGUCUAGUGUAUCUGAAAACAAAAUGGUUAAAAAAGCCACAUUAAUGGCAGAAUAGCCACCAACUGGGUGUUUCAUUCCUGGGCCAAAACCAGAGCUCUUGUAACAGGGUGCAAUUCAAUUGGAGUCCACAGAGUUAGACCUAUUGAAUUGGUGGCCCCCUUGAGUGCCUUUGAGAAUUUAAAACAGAAUUUCAGUGGAGCCUAAUCACAGUGGAACUUGGGUGCCUAAAUCUCUUAGGAUUCUCUGAAAACCCUGGUUCAAAGUGCUGUUUUAAAUAGAGUUGGAAUUGUGAAAACUUCCCUGUUAACAAUUUUAGAACUAUGCGGGCCUGUGCACCACAGAUUCAGUAGUUUCUUCAGUGAUGAACACUCUGUCCAAGUAGGCUUUAAAAGAAAUUAUCUGCAAAAAGCAGUGAUUGUUUUCCUUAUUAAUUUUGAGAAAAUCAUUUCCAGAGUAAAUGUCAGACAGAUUGUCAUUUCAUUCUACCAUUGCACCAGUUGUUAAGAUGCACUGUGCUUGAUUGCAGAUUGUGUUCUAAUGUUUAUUUUAUUGUUGGGUUUUUUUGGGUAUACAGUUGAUGCCUUUAUUUGUAAAAUCCUGUUAUAAAUAUGUAUGUAUAUAUAAAAUAUAUAUAUAUUAUAUAAAUAUAUUAAAAGGUGAAAAUGUUUCAGAUGUCUAUUAUUUGUAUAACUACUUGAGCAUAAAGAAGUGAGAAAUAUGAAUGUAUUUCUGAUUUGAAUUUUUGUUUUUUGAAGAGAGUUUGUUCUCUAGAGAGGGAUAUAGUGUUUAUAUUUUGGAGCCUUCUCAAAAGUAGGGUAUUGUAAAUAUUUUUAUCUUGAGUAAAUGUUAAGUAGUUGUUUUUAAAAUACUUAAUAAAAUAAUUAUUUUCCUGUG